GGGCACUUAGAACAGUGACGAAAACUCCAUCGUCGGUUACGAACCUGGCAUAUUUGCCAUUUAUUUCUGUUCUUUUGUCGAAGCGAGGACAGUUUAUCUACACUUUUUCUGGAAAAUCUACUCGCUGGAGAGGCGCUGAACUUCUCUUAUCGAACUUUCGCCGUUUCAAUCGAUCGCGGCAGUGAAAUGAACCGUCGAAAUUGAUGGUGGGUAGAUAUUGGAAACUGCAGUCACGGCUUAUAUAUUUUAAUUUGACAAUUGGUCGCUUUAAUCGCUACCUCGGCCUCCUGGAUCAUUGGAAGGUAUUUAUAGGCAUAGUCUGAAAUAGCGAGUGUAAAUGACUGGUCGUUUAUGUUGAACGAACGUUCUAAAUUUUUCUGACUUAUGCGGCAGCUUUUAAAUAUCGAUAUGAGUUCACUCAGUCGCUUGUGAGAUUGCGUUUGGAGCAGGAGUAUUGCACGGUGAAAAAGGUUUAUAUAUCAUCAAUUGGUCCAGAAUGUAUUCAUUUAACGCUGAGCUGAAUCAUUCCCCAAAGUUAAGCCCUGCAUCAAGCGAGUCUUCAAUCGGAGCUUCAUCGCCCACUCCAAGUUCACCUCGCGAGCCAUUGAACAUUGGCGACAAAACAAUGGCGGAGUUACAACAAGAAAAUGCACGUCUCAGGAAGGAAAUUGAUGCCAAAGAAACGAAGUUAAAUUCUAGCAUGAGAAGCAUUAAAAUGUUUUGGAGUCCUGAAUUGAAGAAAGAAAGAGCGGCCAGAAAAGCUGAAGAGGAAAAAUACGCCAGGUUAAGAGAGCAGUUUAGUGCUGUUUCCGAAGAGUCACAGCAAAGAGCAGAAAGCAUUAGAGAUCUGCAAGAACGGUUGCGGCAACAGGAACAGACAGAUCGCCUCUCGACUGGUCAUCCAUCCCUCUCCUCUUCCAGCACUCUGUCUGGACAUUCACAAGAUGGACUUCAGCAUGAGUUAGAGGUCUUGAGAGUUGAAAAAGAUCGACAAGAAAAUGAAACAUUUAUACUUCAAAGGUCACUGGAGGAAUUAAGUUCUAGACUGGAAGCACAGCAGCAAGCUAUCCAGGCCAAAGAUGAAACUAUAGCCCAGUUGAUGGAAAUGAUACAAAGUAAUAAAGGACUUGAAUCUAAACAACUUGAGAUGCAUAAAGAACAACAUAGUACUGACAAAAAGAAACUGGCAGAAGCACUCAACCAACUUGCCAAAUUACGAGAAGGUAUUGACGAAAGAGACAGAGCAAUUGCAUCCUUACAAGAGGAAAUAGACCAUGUUAAAAUCAACAAUGUUAAUGAUGAAUUAAAGCAAUCUGCAAACCUGCUGGCUAAGGAUAGCCAUAUUGCUGCAUUGGAGUCACAGAUUAAUCAGCUUGAACGAGAGAUGGAAACUCUCAAGAAGGCAGCGUCAGAAGAUGACAAAAAAAGAUCAGAGGAUAAGAAACAAACUGAUGUGUAUGAGAGUCACUCAAAAUUCAUGAAGUCCAAGAUUGAGUCACUUAAAGUGGAUCUUGGUAAGAAAGAGGCAGCAUUAACAGCAUCAGAAACCAAACUUGAAACUUUAAAAGCUCAUCAAGCAAACCAACAGGAGCACAUUUCUGUCCUUCAGACAUCUUUAUCAGCAAAAGAACACCACAUCAAAAAUCUACAGAGUGAGCUGGAAUCUUUGCGUAGUCGAUUAGAUGAGAGAGAAGAUCUGUUAAAACAGAAGGAGAAGAAACUUCUCUCAGUAUCCUCAGAACAUUCGGAGAAUUCCUACGCAGUGGAGAACCUGCAGAGUGUACUAAGUACCAAGGAAAGGCAGAUUACCAGUUUGAAACAAAAGUGUGAAUGCCUCGAAAGAGAUUUACAGGAGAAAGAUGCCUCCAUUUCGAGCAUUAAAGCUCAACUGUUUUCUGUCAAGGCUGAGCAUUCCAGCUCGUCUAGUACCAUCUCCAAUCUGGAGGCGACCAUCCGCGACAAGGAAAGACAUAUAGAGAUAUUACAGACCCAGCGGGAGCGGAGUGGGGCAGAAAAUGAAGAGGAGAUCAACCGAGUCAAACGAGCUAACGAAAAACUUGAAGGAAGAGUAGCUUCGCUCUCGCUCUCUCUGAGGGAGCAACUGGCUGAUAAGGAUGAGGACAUUGCUAACCUGGAGAACCAGAUUUCGUCGCUGAAGGCAUCGUUACAAGACAAAACCGUCAAACUAGCGUCCUCUCAAGAAACAGUGAGACGGCUGGAGGAACAAAUAAACCAGAGAAGCAGCAGUGAUGAUCAAGUGUCAUCUGAACUGAGCAGCAAAAGACUUGAAAUCUCCAAGCUAGAGAAGGACAUCAGAAAACAACAGACAGAUCUUAGAAGCAAGGAAAGCGAUGUGAAGAGACUGCAAGAAGAGCUGAAAGAACAGAAGUGGAAAGUCCAGCAGUUGUCAGAUGACUGCGAAGUUAAAGACCAUAAAAUCGGUGAUCUUGAAAAGCAGCUUAGAGAACAGAGCAAGAAGUUAGUUGGAGUGAAGAGAAAUCAACAACUAGAGAGAGAGAAGCAGGCUCAGCUAUUAAAUGAAGUCAAGAAACAAGAGGAUCAGAAAGACGAGACAACUGAGUACUUCCAGAGCGAGUUACAGAAAAAAGACGAGAGGAUUGCAGUACUGGAAGAAGCUCUCACUGAAAGCGUAUCCAUCGCCGCUGAACGGGAAGAACUGCUGGCUCAGCAGGCUCAAAACGCCGAGACAGCGACACAUCGUGUGGAGGACAUGGAGUCGGAAAUUGAAAGAGUGCGCAUAGAGACCGCUGUCACCAAUACCAAGAAUGCUUCCCUGGUCCUCGCUUUGAACGAAAAUGAUAUCAUUAUGUCUUACUACAAGUCUGAAAGACAUGGAAUGGUAGAACAGUUACUAGAAAUGAGGCAAAAUGCGUUACUUGCCACCAUCUCAGAGAAGGACGCCAAUAUCGCGCUGCUCGAGUUAUCACCCACAGCCGGCAGUGACGCAGAAGUGAGAAAGUUCAAAGCUGAGAAUGACAAGCUGGUUAACGAGCUCAAAGAACAGACGCAGAAGCGAAUGACGUUGCUGUCGAACGAGGAAAAUAAAGAAAUUUCUCUCUCGUCGGAACUUUCACAAGCUUCAACAGAAAAGAUAGUGGAAGCUGUGACGCUCAUAGAAGACAGUAUGGAUAAGCUUCAACAAUACGGAGAAGAACUGGCGGAGACUUGUGAGAAACACUUCCCUGAUGUAAAGAGAAGGGUUCCCAAGUUUAAACGACGAGAAAGCAAUAGCGUGGAGAAGUUAAAAAAUUCCAGUCAAAAACAGUUGUUAUCCACGUUGCAGACUUUGGAAAGCGACAUGCAAGUGUUACAAGAAAGUGUUCACAAGCUCUUAGAGCUGAUCGAGGAUUUCAGCUAUACGUGACCUCUGAGCGUAAUCGUCUUAGCCUUGACUUAAGGCAGCAUGGUUUUGCUACAUGCUGUUAAACUCGCCUCCUUAGAUGAACGCAGCUUCCACUUGACCGCUGUUAACAGAUAAUUUGUUUUUUGUCUUUUGUAGGAAAGCUUAGGCCUUUCUGUAGUUGUUUCCUUUCAAGGGGGGUCCGUUUACUUUCUUGUGGUAUAAAGACCAGGGGGGGGGGGUUUAUUCUGGUCUAAUCCCAUCGAAAGUAUUGCCAGCGAAAUGAAUCGCUUUCGACCAAAACCUAUGAUUAUGAAAACUCCGAAAGAUAAAGCCUUUGAAAAACAUCCCCCAGGGAGAAAUAUCAUUACGGGCUGGGCAUAUUCUUGUCUUUGCCUCUACCCCUGAGUUCUGCUGGACUAUGCUACCCCUCCUUCGUAAUUAACUUAAUUUCGCGUCAAGUUCUAGCACGACGAUGGGUGAAUUCCGCCAAACUUUUCGUUAUUAGUGGAAAUGAACAUAAAGAGGCACUUCGUGGUUGCGAACGCUGCCCUUUGAUUGGUUGAACUAACUGGACAAAAAAAGUUUAAGGGUUUUUAGAAAUUCCUGGAAAACAAAAGGCAUGAGGAUCUUUUUCGUGCUAUGAAUCACAACUCUGUGGUCUGUUUUUAUUUUAUUCAUUCGUCAUGUCUUUAUUAAUCUUGGUCUAGACAAUUCCAUUUUUAGGAACACAGCUAAUAUUGACUUCCAUGAGCUUAAGCACUCUUUUCAUCGAUACUGGACGGAACUGAAAAGCUUUUAAGAAACCUCAUUAGUGUAUAUGAUUUGAUAACAAGGUUUGCAACAACUAAAAGUGUUGGCUAAGUGUUUGCACUUUUGUCUUUAAAAGAAACUAUUUUGAAAAGAAUUUGUUAGUGAAACUUUCUACUAAGCACCCAACGAAUUUAAGCCAGAGUUGGUCGGCUUCUGAGACAAAAUUUCCUAACAGCGCCAUCAGGUGCUGUUUUGCUUGUAACGUGAAACUUCUGUUGUUUUCAAGGCCGAAGGCCUUUGUUUUUUGCUGUGUUCGUAAUAAUAAUUAUGUAACAGGCAGAUCCCUUUCCGUCCCUAAUUUAAUUAUUUCCAAAUUCUUUACGGAUUUCACGGGAUAAAAAACUAACUCGGCUGCGAAAAAUAAUUCCAAUUUGAACUGUUCUCGCUUGAAUUCAAGUCCGCCUUCCUAUAAUAAGUAGCCAAGAUUCGCGCGAAAAAUUUUCUCCCGAAGGAAUGUUCUCUUGACAUUAACCAAUCAAAUUGCAGUGUCGUCCGUUUGUCAACCUAGCUUAUCCUGUUUGGGUUGGCUCGCGGUGAAAAACUACGCCUAGUAUUUCCUCGUCAAGGCUUGACGUCAAAAGCAAGUGUUAGCUGUUAGUGAUACGUAGGUGGAAGAUUACCGCUUCAAUACGGUAUAGCUGAAGAGAAAACAAACAACCAAAGCUUUGAAAACUUAUUCUAGAAUCAAAGUAUCAUAUAAUAUAUUUUGUAAUAUAAAUAUUUCUAAAAUUAGUAUUUUGCUAACUAUUAUGAGUGGAGAGUUUCAACCAUUACCAAGUAAUGGAAUAGGAGAACUGUGUUUUGAGUGUAGGAGAGUAGGAACAAGUCUUUUACCACACGGGACAUUUUAAACGUUUUUUAAAACUGACAGUUCUUGGGAAUUAAUAAAUAUAAUAAAGAUUAACCGUUUAAUUUUA